GGCGGCAGCUGCGUGUUUCCGGAAGACGUGGCGGCUCGGGCCCGGGCGGCGUCGCCGAGGCUCUUCUCCGGACUAGGCUUCGCAGCGUGUGCCCCGAGGCACCGCCGUCCUCGCCGCCGCCGCCAUGAUCUCCCUCACGGAUACGCAGAAAAUUGGCAUGGGCUUAACAGGAUUCGGAGUGUUUUUCCUGUUCUUUGGAAUGAUUCUCUUUUUUGACAAAGCACUGCUGGCUAUUGGAAAUGUUCUGUUUGUGGCUGGUUUGGCUUUUGUUAUUGGUCUAGAAAGAACGUUCAGAUUCUUCUUCCAGAAGCACAAAGUAAAAGCCACUGGAUUUUUCCUGGGUGGUGUGUUCGUGGUCCUUAUUGGCUGGCCUUUGAUAGGCAUGAUCUUCGAGAUUUAUGGAUUCUUUCUCUUGUUCAGGGGCUUUUUUCCCGUGGUUGUUGGCUUUAUCAGAAGAGUACCUGUCCUUGGAUCCCUCCUAAAUCUACCUGGAAUCAGAUCAUUCGUAGACAAAGUUGGAGAAAGCAACAAUAUGGUAUAACAGCAAGGGAACUGAAGAACUUAAAUACUGUAUUAUUUAUAAAACCCUUUUGAAGAAUAUUCAGCACAAAGUUAAAUUUCAUGAACUAGCGUAUAAAGUUCCUUACAGAAGUUUAAAAUGUACACCCUCCAAAGUCCCAACAGCUGUGGCAGAAGCGCGGCAGGCUCGUGAGACCUGCGAUCGGAAGAUGGAGAGGAUGGAGCCUAUUCCGAUGCUUAGUGACUUGAGAAGGCUGUUUCUUAGUCUUGCUGCAAUAUUUGAGACAGCCGUUCAUAGAGAACCAUGGUGUCUGUUACUUUUUCUUUUUUUUAGAAGAUUCAGGAACACCAGUAGGCAUUUGAUUUUUUUUUUUUUUUUUUUUUAUGAUGUCCAUUGUGAUGGCCCAGGUAUAUCUAGGUGUGCUGGGUUUCUAAUAACGAUGCCUGGAUUGGAUUGGAUUAUGUCGUCUCCAUGUGUCAGCCCAAGGAAGCCCAGUUUCAUGUGUGAAUCACUUUUUUUUGUAAACAUGGAUAAAAUAAAACUUUUGUGGUCCUUUUGAAUCUUAAUAUUUUGGAGCCAGAUAAAAAUCUGAACUAGAUAGUCAUUUUUUAAAUACACAGAGGUCAUUCUGAGCUGUUACUUCCUCAAUCAUAGCUAACCACAUUCUAUCUUGAUUAUACAACAUUCUGGAAACGCAGAUAUGGUCUGGGUGUGUUCGUACAAUCUGUCCCACGCAGAGGCCGAGCAGAGCAUUCUGACCACGGAGCAGUCUACUACAGAGGCUAUGGGAGUCAGCUUCUGGGAACCUAAACAUACACUCCGCGGGUUCUCCCAUACCAUGAUGUAGUUUUUCUUGUUGGGUUCUUAGUGAAAUUUGGCCAUAGUUUCUCACCUUGUUUUCAUGACUUAACAGUGACGUUGAAGGUGUGCAACGUGUUAAAGGUUUUUCUGUGACUGAGAAGGGCUGAUGAUUUAAUCUUCAUUUUUUUUCCCUCUUAUUUUCAGCUUUAUUGUAGUAUCCAAAAAUCAGCAUGUACCGCAUCUGCUUCCCUCGCUUUUCUCCACCUGAGUUAGGAAGGAAGACACCCCUGUUGAAACAUGUAAACGCUUUUCUGUUACAACUAAACUGGCCGUAGCUUCUCAUGAACAUGAUGCUGAGGGAACACACUGUUCCCAUCUGUUGCUGGUUUGCCCACAGGAACGGUGAUGGUUUCCUUCCUUGCGCAAGGAUUUAGCUUUUCUGUUGGACAUGGGAGCACUUCGUCAGACACAGUACUAUUUAUCUUACCACUAAUGAUUGCACUAUUUAUUUUUAAUGGUCUCGAAGCUUUUUAAUGCAUAAAAUCAUAAUUGAAAUUGUAUUUAUUUACAAACCAUUUCUACAAGACAUUACAAUGUUGUUUUUAGUUCAAUCUCGCAGUGCCAGGAGAAUCCCCAGCCUUGCCUGUCUGCAGAAGGAAGGACUGGUUCAUAGUAGGAUGGUUUGUUCUUAUGGAUCACUGUCAUGUUUGGUACUUGCAUCCGACUCUGCGGUAUAACCUGUGAAAACUCGAUAAGUGGAGAAUCCUACCUCAAUAGCUCAAGGGAUAAUAAAAGACCUGGCGUUGUGUCUCAUGUUCCUCAAAAAGUCACACCUUUCCUGAAAUGUCAGUGCUGUGCUUUGAGAACUAACCUGUGUAAGGUGCCCUGUAGAUUUAUAAUGGGCUUUGGCCUGUAUAAUUGACAGUGGCUAGAUCUCACUCCUGUUAGAGCAAGUCUGCCAUUUUACUCCUUUGUAGACAUGACCCCACCAAAGUGGGUUUUGCACUACAGCAAACCUCCCCUUUCAGCAGUCUGAUUUCAGAAAACACUGGACCUGAGAAGACAUGAGAGGCUCAUGGUCCUUAUUGAGGUGGAGGGCUGAGGUGGCUUUCAGUUUAGGGUGAGUCUGCAGUGAACCUGGACUGUUGGCCACACUGUGUUUCUCAGUCAGAAUCUUGAGGCUCUGCUUUUAAACGAAGCAGCCCUCAGACUUCUGGAAGCCCUACUAUGGGUUCCCUUAACCCCGCCCCCUUCUAAAGUGAGCCUUCUGUCUUUCCCCCCAGAUGGAGGACAUGGUCCAGUACUCAGCCUUAAGUGUUUCUGUCAUGUUCAAAUGUAUCUUCUGUAACAGAAACAUACUUGCAAUGUUUCUUUUCCCUUAUAAUGCUCUGGAAUUCAGCUGCUUUAGAAGUCUCAUGGUCAAUUAUAUAUUCUAACAAUGGCAUAUUGUAAAUACACUUGUCUUACCUCAAUAAAAGGGUACUUUUCUAUUCA